AUGGCCCUGUCCAUUCAGGACUGUGGAGCUGGUGGUUGGAACUCUUCUGGUUGUGAGGUUAUCACCAGCGACCGGGAACUCACAAUUUGCUCCUGUAACCAUCUCACCAACUUUGGCAUUUUAAUGGAUAUCUCCCGCAGACCGAUUGAUCCGUUUCAUCAAUGGAUUCUCACCAUCAUAACCUACGUCGGAUGUGCAGUUUCCUCCUUGUUCCUAGGGGUGAUUUUACUGACCUACCUGAUUUUUGAGAAUCUGCGCCGUGAUUAUCCCUCGAAGAUCCUGAUGAACCUGUGUACGUCUUUGUUCAUGCUGAACAUUAUCUUCCUGAUUGACUCUUGGAUGGCUUCGUUUAACAGUCAGGGGCUCUGUAUCUCUGUGGCUGCCUCCCUCCAUUACUUCCUGCUCACGUCCUUUACCUGGAUGUGUAUUGAGGCGAUCCACAUGUACUUUGCGCUGGUGAAAGUCUUCAAUAUCUAUGUCCGCCAUUACAUACUGAAAUUCUGCCUGGUUGGAUGGGGAGUCCCAGCUGUUGUUGUGGGAAUGCUGCUCUGCAUCAAUGUGGACAUUUAUGGUUACAAAACAAAGACGAGAUCUGCCAAUCCAGCCGAUAGUUGUUGGUUGAAGAAUGACACAGCUUUCUACAUUUCAGUGGUCGCUUACUUUGGCCUGGUAUUCCUGAUUAACCUGUCAAUGUUCAUUGUUGUGCUGAACCAGAUUCAGGCAAUGAGAAGUAAGAGACACUGUGACAGGGCACCGGAUAUCAUUGUGCAUCACCUCAAGAGCAGCUCCAGUCUGACUAUCCUGCUGGGUUUAACCUGGGCAUUCGCUUUCUUUGCCUGGGGACCAGCACAAGUCACUUUCUUGUACUUUUUCUCCAUUGUCAACACACUUCAAGGAUUCUUCAUCUUUGUGUUUCACUGUGUGAUGAAAGAUAAUGUUCGGACCCAGUGGAGGAUUCACCUGUGCUGUGGUCGAUUUCAACUCAAUGAGUAUUCUGCUUCCAAAAAUCUCCUUAAAGCCACUUCUAAGUUGGCCAAAUGUUUGGCUUCCGAUGAUCCUGUGAUGAUGACAUCAUCCAGGUACACUACUAAUCAGGGACGUCCUUGCAAUGGACUUUCCAUGGUCCUUCGGAAAAUUGCACAUGCAGAUAGUACUCCAAAGAAUUGGAGCAGAGCUGCAGCCAAUGCAAAAAUGAAAGAUGGAAAGAUAGGUUCCAUCGCUCAUUCCAAAAAAUCCUCCAAAUCGAAUUCAACCACCACAUCCUCCAAUGGAUCGAGAAAGAAUUUGAUUCCUCACCCAAACUUUGGGAAUGCCAACAUCAGCUAA